AUGACCUUCGUGCUGCGCAACUACCUCGAGCGCAUCGUGCACUCGGGAGCCCAUGCCGACGCGAAGACCUUCGAGGUGUUCCACCGCGCGGCGCUCUCCGCCUCAGAGGACGGCGAGCUGAUCAUCGAGCUGCCGCCGCACCUCCUCGCGCCCACCUCUGUCAACGCCACCGGCGAACAAACAUGCCAGGUCACGAUCGAGAUCCACUACACCCUGCCCGAGCCGAAAGCCGGCCUCCACUUCGUGCUGGCACACGCCACGGCCUACCCCAACCGAUCACCACACAUGUACUCGCAAAGCCAUGUAGAGGGCGCACGAACAUGGUUUCCGUGCUUCGAGGCCGAGCGUUCGCCCUUCACCAUGCAGUUCACUGUCAAGCCCGAGUUCGUCGUCGUGGCAUCUGGCCAGCUUGAGAAGCAGACCCUCGAGGAGGCCACUCUCCGACGUACCUUCCACUACAGGAUCGACGAGGCCACCUUCCCGGCGCGGAUAGGCGUGUGCGCCGGCCGGUUCGAGAUCGUGGUCGAUCCGAACCUGCCGUACAUCACCAGCUUCUGUCCGCCGGGCAAGAGCAAGAUGCUGGCCCACACCACGGCGUUCCUCUCGCAGGCCAUCCAAUCCUACGAGGAAUUCUUCGGCGUCAAGUUUCCCUACGAGUCCUACAAGCAAGUCUUCGUGGAGGACGCCUAUACCAAGGAGGAUGCCUAUGCGGGACUGUCCAUUUUUUGUACACAUUUGCUGCACGACGAGACGAUCAUCGACCAAACGCUCACCAGCCGCCUGAUACUGGCCGAUGCUGCUGCCAGACAGUGGCUCGGAAACUACAUCCCCAUCAGGAAUACGCAGGAUUGGUGGCUGAUGGAAGGUCUCGCCGGUUACGUGGCGCUCUUGUGGUACCGAAAAUCGUUGGGCAACAACGAGUAUCGGCUGCUGCUGUAUCGGCAGGGACUCUUCGUGUGCGACCGAGGCCCAGAUGUCGUGUUGGCCAAGUGCGGGGUUGUUGGAGCUGAAGAGAAUGUAGCGCUGUGGAAGGCACGAUUAGUCGUCUACCUGCUCGAAAAGCUGCUUGGUCUCGACGCCAUGAGGAAGGUGGUGCAGCAGCUCAUCGCACCACCGGAGGCCCAGGCCGGCACCCUUCCGCCCACGCUCUCGCUUCAUCGAUUCCUAAAGCUCAUCGCCAAGCUCACCGGCCACGACCUCAAGAAGGACGGAUUCGACAAGCGCUGGAUUCACGGCUCGGGCUGCGUGGAGGUCGAGUGCGGCUUCUGGUUCAACCGCAAGCGCCACCUGAUCGAGUUCGCGGUGCGACAAGGCGGUAAGGCGGAGAGCAACAAGCUGGCCGUGCGAGUGCACGAAGUGGACGGCGCGCACGACCAUUUGCUCGAUCUGGAGGAGGACCUCUAUGGCACCGACCUGCCCUGCUACUCCCGCCUGCGCAAGAACCGCAGGAAGAAGGGCCAGCCCGGCGAAGGACCCGAAGAAAAGGAGGACGAGAAGCCGGAUGUGCCGCAGCCACGGUCGGACACUCCCAUUCUCUGGAUUCGCAUUGACCCCGAGUUCGAGAUGCUGCGAAAGGUGCAGUUCCGCCAGCCGGAGAAGAUGUGGAUCAAUCAGAUCGAGUUGGACCGAGACGUGGUGGCGCAGUACGAGGGCGUGCAGGGCGUGGGCCAAUGCAACUCCGCAGCUGCGGUCGCGGCUCUCGCCUCCCUCAUGGAGAAUCCGCGAAUGUUCUAUCGCAUCCGCGCCUUGGCUGCUGAGGCCCUCGGUUCUAUACGAGGCGAGGCAAGCGCGGCAGCUCUUGAGGCGCUGCUGCGGUACUUCCGUUCGGCCUAUUUCUACGAUGGAGACGAGAACUCUCAGAUGCGACCCAACGACUUCACCGACUUUGCGGCCUACCACGUACAGAAGGCCAUCCCCGUCGCCCUCUCUCAAGUGAGGGACACCGAAGGAUUCACGCCGGACGAGGUGCUCGAGUUCCUGCUGCAUCUGCUCAAGCAGAACGACAACACGGGCAACCCCUACUCGGACUACUCGUAUCUGGCCACCGUCAUAGAAGCCCUGGGCAACACGCAGCCCAAGUCGAACAAGGGCUGGGACAGCAUUCUGAAGCAGGUCCAACGCUUCAUGCACCUGGAGCGGCUGUUGCCGUCCUACCACAACCGUGUGACGGUGGCCUGCCUCAAGGUCAUGAAGAAGAUGCAGGCCAGCGGCAGAGCUCGGCUUGACCUCGACCUUUUCACCUCCUACACCAGCUACGGCUACUAUCGCAAGGUGCGCAUAGUGGCACUGAAGGCGCUGGGCGAGCUGGGCCUUCCGCAGGGCGAUGUGGUGCGGCUGGUGAUGAGCAUCAUCGAAUCCGACCCCGAUCCCUUCGUGCGCUACAAGGCCGCACAUCUCCUCACCUCCCCCACUCGCCGACUGCACGACCAAGCCUGCAACCGCAUCUGGAGCUAUCUCAAUGGACCUGUGUCGGCGUGGGAUUUGCGGGUACGGCUGGCGCUGAUGGAGGCCUAUCGGGUCAACCUAGGCGAGGGCCUCCUCUCGCUCUCCACGUCGUCCGGCUCGCUGCUGGCCCAGGUCGAGGCCAACGCGCCGCCCAUCGACCUCUCUGCCAUCCGCGAACCCGAUCGCCGCCGACGCUCCGAGGGCAAGCGGCGAAAGGCGAGCGAGGUCGACCUGGAGCAGGGCACGUUCGUGGCGAGCAUGGACAGCAGCACUCCGGGCAAGAUUAGGCUUGUGCGCGCCAAGCAGCCCGGCGACAAGCUCGGGCUCAGUAGCAGCACUGGCGGCACGACCGCGCCGGGUGUAGCCGGGCUCAGCAGCAGCAGUGGCAUCAACAGCGCGCGCUUGGACGCCACCCCGCUCGGCAAGAAGCCAGAAGACGGCGACAGCGCGCCCGUCGUCAAGCGCCUCAAGCUCAAGCUCGGCGGCGAGUCCAUCUCGUGA